CUACUCUUUCCGGUCUACACAGUAAUAUCUGCCGACCCAGCCAUCGAAACAUGCAACGCGACGACGGUAAACUCAACAUGCCCGGCGGCUUCAAGAGCCCCCGCAUCUCUGACAUCCCCCAGAGCACCGGCAACAACAACAACAACUACCAUGCCACGUCCUCCGUCCUCGACAACGCUCCACCAGCGGCUGCCAUGAGAGCCAGCAACGUCACCAACCCCACCGGCUCCACCUUCGAGGUCGCUGGCCCCACCGUUGGUGGACCACCCACGCGCUACGACAGCCACAACAUCGAGGCCGCCAAGGAGCACCUGGCCGAGAGCUGGAGCAACAGCGCGUACACCGGCGCUGGCACCCACGGGAGCACGCUCACCGAUACUGUCAAGGCAGGAGCCACCGCCGCCGCCGCGGGUGCAACCAAUGCUGGCACCAAUGUGAUCGCAGCCGCAAAGAGGCUGAUCAACCGCAACGAGGGCGACUAUGACGAAAAUACCGACUAUGGUCAUCAUCAUGACGGCAACCAGAGCAUCCUCCCGAUCUCGAACCAACCCAGGAGCGAAAUCCCUAACCGCGACCUCGAGACAUCCCAGUACGCGGCCCCGGAUAGGAACCUGUCGCUGCGCUCUCAAGAGCGUCUCCCUGAGAAAAUCGCUUCUCGCUCAGCGUUGCACGACAAUGACUAUGAUGCCAACAAGACCGCCCUGGGCUCUACGCCUUCUGAUAUCCGCAGCCGUUUGGGUACCGGUGCUGCCCUUGGUACAGCGACUACAGGUCUUGGUGCUCCGAUUCUUGAGAUCCACCGUCAUCAAGGGCAGCCGGGCUCAGCCCCAACCACCACCGGCCCCACCACUGCCACGGUUGAGGUCAAGCGCACCCUGAUUUCCUCACAGCCACCGUCAGACCUGCAGAACCCUAUCCAAACCACAACCAACACCUACCCACAAGAGGACAAAUCGGCCUCCAAGCUCGCGGGCCCCACUACAGGAACUGCCACUGCCGGCACUGGUGCCCCUGCUACUCACCAUGAGACUUCCACUGGGCACGAACAGCCUGAUACUGAAAAGAAGUCCAUGACUGAGCGUAUGAAGGAUGUCUUUGGUCUGUCCCAGCCUGAUGUCUCCCCGCACCCUGUCGCCCCCCAGCACCAUGAAGUUCCUCACCUGCCCCCUCAGCGUCAAGACGUUUCCUCGCACCAAGAGGUCCCCCAGCGCCAUGAGCACCUCCCGCGCCAUGAGACCCCUCCGCGAUAUGAGGUCCCCAGAGACAGCACUCAGAACCCUGCACUGACGAGCGCCGAGACUCUGAAGGAUCAGCAUGAGCAGCCAGUGUCGGUUCGACCACCUAACGAGGAUUAUGUCCAAACCAGCGCGAACAUGCCCUCCAUGGUUGAAACCCAGCCACAUGAGAGCAACAUGGCCAAGGUCACAACUGCUACUGUGGGAGCUGCCUCCAUGGUCGCUGGAGCUGCCUCCAGGGUCGCGGCUGCCACUGCGGGAGCUGCCGCCGCCGGCGCUAGUGCUGUAGCUGCCCGCAUUGAAGCCUCCACUCAUCACGGACAGCCUGGCGUUGAAGAGAAGACCUUGACUGAUCGCGUCAAAGAAGCCAUUGGUCUGCCGUACCACGGGGUCCCCAAGGACAACACUCACAACUACGCACUGACGAGCGCCCAGGUUUUGAAGCAGCAGCAAGAAUAUGCUGCGGCGCACCGUCCGUUGGACGAGAGCUCUGUUCCGACCAGAGUGAGCAAUUCGACGGCUGCCACGACCUCGGCUCCGCCAGAGGUAUUCCUUCACAAAAAGAAAUAUGAGCCUGAGGAAAACGUGCACCAUUAUCAGCAGCAUCAUCAGCACAUCCUCCCGGAGCAUGAUCGCCACAUCGGCGCCAAGGUCGCACCCGCUGGAGCUGCUGCUACUCUUGCCUCCCUGGGAUCGAGGGAGAUUCCCCAUGAAGGCUUUGUUACCCAAACCGUGCCCCUGGCGCCCGCACAGGCACAGAAGGCCCCUUACCAGCCCGUUACGGUUGCCGAGCCCGUGAAGGAUUCCAGCCGUGCUGGAGAUUUGAAGCAGCAUGUCUUUAUGCCUGUCGACAAUUCUCCAGCCACGAACGCUCGUGCCGAGGUCCCCGCGCCAGUGUUUAACACCAAGUACAUGGGCGGUAACACUUCUCAGUCCCAGUCGGGCGGCACGUCUACCGCUAAUCAGCCCGCUACGAACAAGGAUACUGCGGGCACUGCUGCCGGCGUUGCUGCGUAUUUGGGUAACAAGAACCCGACGGGUUCGGCCAGGCCCAGUGAGCGCUCGGACAACAGUCUCCAAUCUGAGAACCAGCCUCUGUCCCGCCAAUACGACAACACUGGCGGCAUUGCCCCUUCCACUGCCAGAGCUGCUGCGGCUCCAGGUACCGCUGCUGGUGUCGAUGCCUAUCUCGGGGAUAAGGACAACACGGCCUCGCUCAGGCCCGAUGAACGCUCAGAGUAUAACCCUCGCUCCGAGAACCAACCUCUGUCUCGCCAUCACGACAACGCUGGCGGCAUCGGUCCCACGACUGCUGCUGCUUUGGGUGCUGCUGGUACCGCUGCUGCUGGUGACGCUUACCUCAGAAAUAAGAAUAACACAUCCUCGGUCAGGCCCACUGAGCGCUCGGACUACAGUCUUCGCCCCGAGAACCAACCUCAGUCCCGCCAAUACGACAACAUAGCCUCGACCAGGCCAACUGAGCGCUCGGAGUAUAACCCUCGCUCCGAGAACCAACCUCUGUCCCGCCAAAACGACAACACUGGCGGCAUUGCUCCCUCCACUGCCAGAGCUGCUGCGGCUCCAGGUACCGCUGCUGGUGUCGAUGCCUACCUCGGAGAUAAGGACAAAACGGCCUCGGUCAGGCCCACUGAGCGUUCAGAUUAUAGUCUUCGCCCUGAGAACCAGCCUCAGUCUCGCCAUCACGACAACACUGGUGGCAUCGGUCCCACGACUGCUGCCGGUUUGGGCGCUGCUGGCACCGCUGCUGGUUUGGGUGCUGCUGUCGAUGCUCAUCGCCAUCAUGGCCCCGCCGACACGUCCAAGUAUGCCACUAAUGCACCAUCGACAAUGAAUACUACUCCUGCUACCGCUGGUACUACUGCAACUGGCGCCAGGGAUCUGGCUUUCACGGAUCCUAGCAGUCUUCGUCCUUUGACUGGCAACCGCACGCUCCCCAUUACCGAGGAUACUCAGCACCGCGCUUUGCCGGGGGAGACUAAGAGAGCGAUGCAUGACUCAUCUGAGUAUGGACCUGCGGAUCCCAGGGAUUUGCAUUUAGCCGACUCGAAGACUCAGGGACAUAGGGGUGCUGCAGGUGCCGCUGCUACAGGUGCCGCUGCUGCUGGUACCGCUGCUGCCAUGUCCGACCGUCACUCUACCCAGCCCACCACCAGCUCUACAUCGACAGGUGAUCACUGGCCUGUGACUGAGAAGAUCAUGGAUACUUUGGGUAUGCACGGCGGUCCAGCAGAGUCGAAGACGCUGGCGUUCACGGACCCCAAGGCUCUCAAACCCUUGACUGGUGUCCGCACACUCCCUAUUGUUGCCGAGCCCCAGCAACGUCCUUUGACGGAGAAGAUCAAGGAAGUGAUGCAUCUCCCAACUGAAUAUGGACCUGCGGAUCCUAAGGACUUGCGCCUGACAGACCCGAAGACCCUCCGUCCAUUUGGUGAGAGGUCCGCUGCGCCAGCCACUGCUGGUGCCACUGCUACCGGCACGUCUGCUCCACUUAUUGGCUCGAAGGGCACUCACUCUGUUCAUCCUGAGGAUAACACCGCGAGGGCCAACACUUUGAGCGCUACAUCGUCGAAGCCGACUACAACAUACACGACUCCGACGAUUACGACGAUGAACCCUGCGUCGACGACGAAUGCUCCUUCGACGACGACGCACAGCGCAGCCAAGCCUCUCGCUGCUGGUGCCACUGGUGUCGCCUUGGGUGCUGAAGCUGCCCACCACCACCACCACCAUGGUGCGCGCGACAACUCUCCUACUGGCAACUACGCCGCGAGGGACAACACUGUGAAUGCACCAUUGUCGACGUCGGCUAGACCCAUGGGUGACAACAAUACUACGACGAAUGCUCCUUCGGCGACGACGCACAGCGCAGCCAAGCCUCUCGCUGCUGCUGGUGCCACCGGUGCUGCCUUGGGUGCUGACCCUCUCCAUCACCACCACAGUGCGCGCGACAACUCUCCUACUGGUAACUACGGUGCGAGGGACAACACUGCGAAUGCUCCAUUGUCGACGUCGACUAGGCCCGUGGGUGACAACAAUCUCACCACGAAUGCUCCUUCGACAACGGUGCGCGACACUGCUAGGCCUAUCGCGGGUGUUGGUAGCACUGGUGCCAUCUUGGGUACUGAUGCUCCCAAUUAUCGUAGUGCGCACGCGACCGCUCCUUCGACGACGACGCACAGCGCAGCCAAGCCUUUCGCUGCUGGUGCCACUGGUGCCGCCUUGGGUGCUGACGCUGCCCACCGCCACCACGGUGGACGCGAUAAUUCCCCUACUGGCUACAACACCGCGAGGGACAACACUCUGAAUGCACCUUUGCCAACUAGGCCCAUGGGUGACAACACUACGACGAAUGCUCCUUCGACGACGACGCACAGUGCAGCCAAGCCUCUCGCUGCUGGUGCCACUGGUGCCGCCUUGGGUGCUGACGCUGCCCACCGCCACCACGGUGAGCGCGAUAAUUCCCCUACUGGCUACAACGCCGCGAGGGACAACACUCUGAAUGCUCCAGUGUCAACGUCGGCUAGGCCCGUGGGCGACAACAGUGCUAUGACGAAUGCUCCUUCGGCGACGACGCACAGCGCAGCCAAGCCUGUUGCUGCUGGUGCCACUGGUGCUGCCUUGGGUGCUGAUGCUGCUCACCACCAGCACGGUGGACGCGAUACUGCUGCUGCUCCAACCACCAUGGGCAACACAGCGACCAAGCCUGAUCGCAUGGACAACAUGCCCGAGGGCUAUAAGGGACCGGUUCCGCAGACGAAGCCCGAUGAGGAAGUUGUGUGGAUGAAGACGACUUAUUAUGACGACGGUACCAGUGAGGUCACGGCUACGAAUGUGAAUCCCGACGAUCAUCGAGCGCAUGCGGGCAAUGAGAGUCAGGGACACGGAAACGACGGCGGCCGCACCAGCGACGGCGCGAACGUUCCUCAGCACCAACAGAGUGAGCAUCACAAAGGAGGGCUCUUUAACCGAUUGCUGCAUCAUGGAAAUAAUAACGGCAAGGGCAAGGACAAGGAGCGCUCGUAAGGAAGGGAGGAGGGAGUGAAUGGAUUUUAUCUGAAGUAACAAACAGGACAUUUGUAAUAAAUAAAUCCGUG